AUGGCCUGCAGGGUGCCGAAGGCCGGCAGCAGCGAGGCCAGCGUCAUCGCAAGGCGACUCGGCGGAUGCGUGCCUCGAGGCCCUUGCUGCGCGUUCCCUGGAGACCCUCCCGGAAGUUGCCCGCUGGAAGGCCUAAUGUGCCCGAUGGUGACGGGGUGCGUCGGCCACAACAUGAACCAGAGAAGAACCAUGAUGCUGGAGGACCCUAGCGUGUUUUCGAUGACCAACAUCCGCGGGGUCGUUAACCGGAUGGUCUCGGGCUUCUUGUACACAAAAUCGCACUCUCCUCCGUGCGCAAGGACAGACAAUGUGAUCCUGAUAUUGCUACCUUAG